UUCAAAUCUUUUUUAUGUGUUUUCAGUAUGAACAAUGUCACUGAAGUUACAAGUUUUGUCCUCAAGGGCUUCACAGAUGAUACUCGACUGCAGAUCAUUCUCUUUUUCCUGUUUUUGGCAAUUUAUCUGUUUACCAUCAUGGCAAACAUUGGGCUAAUUGUAUUGGUCACUGGGGAUCCCCGGCUCCACAACCCAAUGUACUAUUUUUUGAGCGUUUUGUCAUUUGUGGAUGCCUCUUUUUCUACUGUUAUCACUCCAAAAAUGUUAGGAGAUUUUAUGUCAAAGACGAAAGUCAUUUCAGUCCUUGAGUGUGCAUCACAGAUGUUUCUUACUGUUACUUUUGGGACCACAGAAUGCUUUCUCUUGGCGGCAAUGGCUUAUGACCGCUAUGUGGCCAUCUACAACCCUCUUCUGUAUUCUGUGAGCAUGACACCCGGGGUCUAUGUGCUGCUCAUCAUGGCUUCUUUUGUUGGUGGUGUCCUACAUUCUACAAUACAUACAGUGGCCACUUUCAGCCUAUCUUUCUGUGGAUCCAGUGAAAUUAGUCAUAUCUUUUGUGACAUUCCCCCUCUCCUUGCUAUCUCCUGUUCUGAUACUCAUAUAAAUGAGCUUCUACUCUUCCUCUUUGUGAGUUCCAUUGAGGUAGUCACUAUCCUAAUUGUCCUAAUCUCUUAUGGUCUCAUCCUAUUGACCAUUCUGAAAAUGCCUUCUGCUGAGGGAAGGAAAAAAGUGUUCUCGACCUGUAGCUCCCACCUCAUGGGAGUAUCCAUUUAUCAUGGGACGAUCCUCUUUAUGUAUGUGCGACCAAGUUCCAACUAUGCCUUGGAGCAUGACAUGAUAGUGUCCAUAUGUUAUGCCAUCAUCAUUCCCAUGCUGAAUCCCAUCAUCUACAGUUUGAGGAACAAAGAUGUCCUAGAGGCAAUGAAAAGACUAUUUAGAAAGUGCUGGUAUAAGGAUAAAGUGAAUUUCUCUCAGCAAAAUUUUAAACUGAAUCAUCAUUUGUAG